AUGGAGACCCUGCUUGGUGGCCUGCUGGCAUUUGGCAUGGCGUUUGCUGCAGUCGACGCCUGCCCCAAGUAUUGUGUCUGCCAGAACUUGUCUGAGUCACUGGGAACCCUGUGCCCCUCCAAGGGGCUUCUCUUUGUGCCCCCCGACAUUGACCGGCGGACAGUGGAGCUGCGCCUGGGCGGCAACUUUAUCAUCCACAUCGGCCGCCAGGACUUCGCCAACAUGACAGGGCUGGUGGACCUGACCCUGUCCAGGAACACCAUCAGCCAUAUCCAACCCUUCUCCUUCCUGGACCUCGAAAGCCUUCGUUCCUUGCACCUCGACAGCAACCGGCUGCCCAGCCUGGGCGAGGACACGCUGCGUGGCUUGGUCAACCUGCAACACCUCAUCGUGAACAACAACCAGCUGGGCGGCAUCGCUGAAGACGCCUUUGAGGACUUCCUGCUGACGCUGGAGGACCUAGACCUGUCAUACAACAACCUGCACGGCCUGCCCUGGGGCUCUGUGCGCCGCAUGGUCAACCUCCACCAGCUGAGCCUGGACCACAAUUUGUUGGACCACAUCGCGGAAGGCACUUUUGCCGACCUGCAGAAGCUCGCCCGUCUAGACCUCACCUCCAACCGGCUGCAGAAGCUACCGCCGGACCCCAUCUUCGCUCGCUCCCAGGCCUCUGCCCUGACCGCCACGCCCUUUGCCCCAGCCUUGUCUUUUAGUUUCGGAGGGAAUCCUCUGCACUGCAACUGUGAGCUCCUCUGGCUGCGGAGACUAGAGCGGGAGGAUGACCUGGAGACCUGCGGCUCCCCAGGAGGUCUCAAGGGACGCUACUUCUGGCACGUGCGGGAGGAGGAGUUUGUGUGCGAGCCACCUCUUGUCACCCAGCACACGCACAAGCUGCUAGUUCUGGAGGGUCAGGCGGCCACGCUUAAGUGCAAGGCCAUUGGAGACCCCAGCCCCUUGAUCCACUGGAUAGCCCCUGAUGACCGCCUAGUGGGGAACUCCUCGAGGACCGCUGUGUAUGACAACGGCACAUUGGACAUCCUCAUCACCACGUCUCAGGACAGCGGCGCCUUCACCUGCAUCGCGGCCAACGCUGCAGGCGAGGCCACCGCCACAGUAGAGGUCUCCAUCGUCCAGCUGCCGCACCUCAGCAACAGCACCAGCCGCUUGGCGCCCCCCAAGUCCCGCCUCUCGGACAUCACCGGCUCCAGUAAGACCAGCAGGGGCGGUGGGGGUGGGGAGCCUCCCAAAAGCCCCCCGGAACGAGCCGUGCUGGUGUCCGACGUGACCACCACCUCGGCGUUAGUCAAGUGGUCGGUCAGCAAGUCUGCGCCACGAGUGAAGAUGUACCAGCUUCAAUAUAACUGCUCCGACGACGAGGUACUGAUCUACAGGAUGAUCCCAGCCUCCAACAAGGCCUUCGUGGUCAACAACCUGGUGUCGGGGACUGGCUACGACCUGUGUGUGCUGGCCAUGUGGGACGACACGGCCACAACGCUCACAGCCACCAACAUCGUGGGCUGCGCCCAGUUCUUCACCAAGGCGGACUACACACAGUGCCAGUCCAUGCACAGCCAGAUCCUGGGCGGUACCAUGAUUCUUGUAAUCGGGGGCAUCAUUGUGGCCACACUGCUGGUCUUCAUUGUCAUCCUCAUGGUGCGUUACAAGGUCUGCAGCCAGGAAGGACCUGGCAAGAUGAACACAGCUGCUGUGAGCAACGUGUACGCACAGACCAACGGGGCCCAGCCGCCACCGCCACCGCCUCUGGGCGUUGCACCUGCUGGGCAGCCAUCACAAGUGCCACCAAGGGUGGUGGUGCGGAAUGAGCUUGUGGACUUCAGUGCCACCCUGGUUCGAGGCAGUGACUCGUCUUCCUCCAGCUCUCUGGCCAGUGGGGAGGCAGCGGGGCUGGGACGGGGUCCCUGGAGGCUCCCGCCCCCUGCCACCCGCCCCAAGCCCAAUCUGGAUCGGCUAAUGGGGGCUUUUGCCUCCCUGGACCUCAAAAGUCAGAGAAAGGAGGAGCUGCUGGACUCCAGGACUCCAGCCGGGAGAGGGUCUGGGACACCGGCCAGGGGCUACCACUCGGACCGAGAGCCACUGCUGGGACCCCCAGCAGCCCGGGCCAGGAGCCUGCUCCCACUGCCCUUGGAGGGCAAGACCAAACGAAGCCACUCCUUUGACAUGGGGGACUUUGCAGCUGCUGCAGUAGCUGCAGGAGGAGGUGCCCCCAGUGGGUACAGCCCCCCUCGGAGGGUCUCCAACAUCUGGACCAAGCGCAGCCUCUCUGUCAAUGGCAUGUUGUUGCCCUUUGAGGAGAGUGACCUGCUGGGGGCCCGCGGCACAUUUGGCAGCUCUGAGUGGGUGAUGGAGAGUACCGUGUAG